AUGACGCUUGCCAAAUCGGUUCUUGGCAGCCUUCCAUCGUACUUCUUAUCUCUUUUUGCUGCCCCGAAAUGUAUUAUUCAUAAGUUGGAAAAAAUAAGAAGGGAUUUUGUCUGGGGAAAAUCGAGCUCGAGUCAUAAGUUGAGAUGGAUUCGUUGGGAGUUCAUUAUGAAAGCUAAAAAAAGGGGAGGUAUGGGUCUUGGGGCCAUUCAGAAUUUUAAUUGGGCUAUGCUUGCUAAGUGGUGGUGGAGGUUUAACUCGGAACCGAAUCAACUUUGGGCCCAAGUGAUUGGAGCGAUUCAUAGAGGGAAUGGCAGUGUCCUUCCGCCAAACAUCCCGGUGAUGAAGUCUAUUUCAGGUAUCUGGAAAGAUAUUGGAUCGGUGUCUUCGUCGUUGGCUAAAGUUGGCAUUUCAUUCAAUGAUUUCUUGAUCCGAGAUGGUGCCUCGUGGAAGUGGAGGUCGGCUCCUAAUGGAAACUUUGCUGUUAAACAGGUUCGCUUCGAUAUUGAGUCUUUUUACGAGGGAGUGGGUAUCAACCAGCUGGUUUUUAAUUGGAAUAGUUGGGCUCCCUCGAAAGCGAACUAUCUCCUGUGGAGAGGGAUGCUGGGAAAGGUAGCUUCUAGAGUUGGUCUGAGCCGUAGGGGAGUCCAUUUAACGGAUGUAUCUUGUCCGAGAUGUGGUUUGCAGGAUGAGGAUUCGGACCAUAUUUUUGUUACAUGUCUUUGGGCUCGUAGCAUUUGGUGGAAUAUGUUGGUUUGGAUGAGAAUCAACUUUCCAGCCGAUAUUAUUUCUCUGGAGGAGUUUGUUUCUUAUCUUCAUAAUCAACCGGGGGGGAAGAGAUGGAAAAAGAUAGUUUACACGGUCACUUUGGCUACGGUUUGGAGGAUAUGGAAGGCGAGGAACGAAAAGGUCUUUGAAGACCGCUUCAUUCCGGUUCAAACAUCUGUUGAGUUAAUCAAGGAGGAUGCUUUUUUAUGGCUGGGGAAUCGCUCGAAACUCCAACUGACGGAUUGGAUCAAAUGGAAGUCAUUUGAUAUCUCGGAAGUUUUGUAA